AUGGCGCCCCCGCGAGGCAGAACGAGAGCCCGAUACUGGGCCGACGACGAGGAGAUGGCGAAGAAGGACGACGACCUCGGUGCUCCUGGCCACCCCAGAAUCGCUACUCAAUGGCAAGCCACCCGCCCUCCUCGUCGUCGAGCUCUCGCCCGCCUUGUCGCAUACGCCGUCUUCUGCAUCUUCCUCCUAUUCGCCAUCUACCGCCUAAUUCAAUCUUCACCCUCCGACUCGGGCGACCGAACAAGCUCGCGGGGCUCGUCUUCAGGGUUCAAUCCGCCGCGCAAACAGCAAGGGGCGUCGGAGAGGACCUAUAGCGGACCCAUCAAGUUCCCCGAGCUCGGCAAGACGCUGCAGUCCAUAUCCGGGACUGGAGGCAGCAUCGAGAGGAAUAAAAACAUCUUGUUCGCUACCGCCAGCCUACGGAGCGCCUCUACGCUGCUUCCCAUGGCCUGUCAGAUGGCCGCGCGCGAACAGAACUACGUCCAUUUUGCACUAUCAAGCAGGAGCGAAAUCUCCAUGAAGGAGCUCCUUGAGAUCAAUGGUAUCGACAACUCUUGCAAAUUGUUCCUCCAUGAUGCCCGCCCAGACAGUGUUGCCAUUUCUAGUGAGCCUAGGAUGAGACUUGUUGCUGCUCGUGCUCUCUACUUCAUGAAUAAUUACAUGCACCCCCAGGCCGUCAUCAUCGACUCUACCGAUGCUGAGGAGGACUUCUUUUUGCGUGGGUUCCGAGACCAAAUCCGUGGCACCAAAUCCACCCUCAUCGAGCUCCCCGAUAAGCCAGGGACCCGGCUCGCGUGGCUCACGCAACUUGGUGCUUCGGCGCUGUCAGCUUGGAACAGCGUGAACUUUGACAUUGUAAUUCAAGCACCGCCUACUGGUUCUGGAAACCUGAUCAGACUUCUCGCCUCUCUUGCGCGGGCUGAUAUGAGUGCUGUGACUCCUCCGCACCUCACCGUCGAGUUGCCUGCCGAGGUCGAGAUACCUCUAGAGAAGAUGCUGGCUAAAUUUAAAUGGCCAUCGUCAGGGUUCAAGGAGCUGCCCAGAGCAAAUCUGCUAUCCCUCCGCCAUCGAAUCCCCCGUACCAAGUUGACGGAGGAGGAGAGCUCGGUCCGCUUCUUGGAGUCAUUCUGGCCAACCAACCCUCGGCAGUCUCAUGUCCUUGUCCUCGCUCCUCACACCGAAGUCUCACCUCAGUUCUUCCAGUAUGUCAAAUACACUCUUCUAAACACGCUGUACUCGAGUGCAUCCGUCCUUGGAGACUGGAGCGAUAAUAUCAUGGGUAUCAGUUUCCAGUCGCCCACCACCCAUCUUGACGCGACUACUCCUUUCACCAUCCCCGAGGAUUCUCCAGCGAAAUCAAACACACCUUUCCUCUGGCAGGCACCGAGCAGUGAUGCCACGUUGUUCCUCGGAGAAAAGUGGGUGGAGUUGCACGGCUACGUGUCACAGGUGCUAGAGUCCCAAGGUUCGAGGGACGAUAUGCCGGCAAUGCUGGCAAAAAAGGACGUUAGCAAGAAGUACCCAGCCUGGCUGGAGUAUGCUUUGCAGCUCUCGCGCCUCCGGGGCUACUUGACACUAUACCCGAGUCAAGAGACAGCAAGUGUCAUCAUGGGUUCACAUAGCGAUCUCGGCAACACGCCAGAGGAGUAUAUUGGUGACGAUGAGCUUGCUGAGAGUGAGGAAAAUGGAAAGGCGGACCGGGCUACUUUGAAAUUCGACCCGGAUUCCCAAAUAGAUAUGCUGGCGACACUGCCACAAGGAGGAGAGGUCGCUGAAUUGAAUGCGCUGCCGCUCCUCUCCUGGGAAGGCAAGCAGACGGCGCUCGAUGACCUUCGGAAGGCUGCGCAUCAGCACGUGCGACAGUUCCGUCGAGAGGUCGGCCAAUGUGAGGUGCCGGAGAAAGCGGCAGAGGACGAAGAGGAGGAGCCAAAAGCUGAUAAGGCUGCCCGCGAUCUGUUUUGUACGAAUAAGAAGAAGGCAUAA